CUCCUUGUUAGCUGGCUCUGGGGCAUGUGACUUGGCCACAAUCCCCUUCCGCCUAUGAAAAGCAAACAGAAAAACAAACCUGUUUUUCACUUUUGUACUUGUGUACACCUUGGCGGUACGUUAGGUAAAGGAGGUAGAAGAAGUUUUCACAGGAAACAAUACAGAUGGCUGGCUAAAUAGAAGUUAAAUUGGACAAUAACUGCUAUUGAGCAAAACAAACUUAAAACACAGCGAUGAGGAAAAGGUGAGGGGAGAAAGGGAGGUUAGGGAACCAUAAAUGACACAUAGGAAUGCACAGGAUUUUCAGUUUGGACGGCCUUUUUUGUUUGUUUUAUCCUGCUCAGGUGUGCAUCCAGAAAAGAAUCUCCAGGACUAGCAGCUUUAACCAAAACUUUUAGUGAUCUGUUCACACUGCAAAAAAUCACACAAAAGCUGUAAGAUACAAAGCAGAAGAUGCCGAGAAAGUCCUCAUUGUUCAUGAGAUCCUCGGCUGCCAAAAGGGUCAGAAAGCAGAAGAUGAAGGAGGUGCUACAUGCAGACAUGAUCAGCAUGCCGCUGGGGGAUUUCAGGCACCUGUCCCACAUCGGGAGGGAUGAAGACCCGUUUGGGGACCUCUCCUUCCUGCAGGGGGGUCACGGACUCCUGAAGAGUUCCCAGAGCGAGUACAACCUCCUCAUGGCCUGCAACCCCCCUCCCAAACCCCCCCGGAUCCACACCGACGGGCCGGAAUCCCCACACAGCGGCCAGCAGACAGAGCUGUCAUUCCGCACAAAGAAAUACUCUGCCUCCAUGCCAAUGCUGGACAAUCUGGACUCGGAGGAGUCCUGGCAAGAGGAUGCUGAGGACCAGGAGGAGAGCAGUGGACCGGCACUGACUGACAAGGCAACAAAGCAGGAAUCCAGCUUGGAGAAAGACACUAAGAGCAAGAGUCCCCACACCUCUGAGCCAGAUCUCCAUCCCUAUCCAGCAUUCCUGGAUCUGGGACCUUCCAUCUUGGAUGAUGUUCUUCAAGUCAUGAACAAACAUGAAUGUAAAUAUCUGCUUCCAUCUGAUUGUGGGGGAAAUCUGAAAUAAAGUCCUCCUGUUUCUGUUAUCUGGGGUCAGCCUACUAAAGAUUUGUACAGUAAGGUCAAGUGAAGCGGUGUUGGUAUUGACCGUGGAUACAGUGGAGGAAGUGGUGUCUAAGUGGUGCAGCUGAAGUUGCGGUGGUCUCAAUUAUUGUACCUCUUUAUAAUUUAGCACAAUGUAUGCUGAAACCACUGAACCAUUCUCUUAGGCACUCGUUUAAUAAAGUACUUCAAGAUUCUUUUGUGAAUGGAAGAAAUCUGAUAUCAAAUAUAAAAGCUAUCAUCGUAUAAAGAAAACAUGUGCAAGCCUUCUUUAAAUUUAGACACAUAACUGGAGGUCUUGAUGUGCUCUUUCUGUCUAUACACUUUCCUAUAAAUUUUAGGAAUGUU